GCGAGCAAGGAGUUUCUCGUUCCGGUUCGAACCGGAAAUAAAAAAUCUAACCGACCGGACCCUUAACGCGCCGCCAUACUCCAAAUCAUAACUUUCCACACAGCAACGUUCUUCUGUAAUUCUCUGAUUCGUUCCUUUCUCUCUCAAAACCCUAACCCUAACCCCCGAGUCUGGAAGCCUCUCCAAUGGCGUACCAGACACCCGAUCAAGAUUCAAGCUCCGAUCCGAAGACCCCAACUCGCCUCUACAACCCAUACAAGGACCUCGAAGUCCCCAUUCGCAACCUCUACCAGCUCCCAACCACUCCCGAGUACCUAUUCGUUGAGGAGGCCCGCCGCAAGCGCCGAUCCUGGGGCGAGAACCUCACCUUCUACACCGGCUGCGGCUACCUUGCCGGCGCUGUCGGGGGCGCCGCCUCUGGUCUCAUCGACGGUGUUAAAUCCUUCGAGUCCGGCGACACCGCCAAGCUCCGAGUCAACCGCGUCCUCAACUCCUCCGGCCACGCCGGCCGCGCCUGGGGCAACCGCCUCGGCGUCAUCGGCCUCCUCUACGCCGGCAUCGAGAGCGGGAUCGUGGCGGCGAGGGACACCGACGACGUCUGGAACAGCGUCGCGGCCGGACUCGGCACUGGCGCGCUGUAUCGCGCCGCGAGAGGGGUGCGUUCGGCGGCGGUGGCGGGAGCCGUCGGCGGCGUCGUGGUUGGAGUCGCUGUCACGGCGAAGCAGGCUUUGAAACGCUACGUGCCUAUAUGAGAACGACACUUUGUGUGAGCACUUAAUUUUUUUCUUCCUUUUUUUUGGGGUUACUAUCAAUUUUGAGCGAUUGUUGGGGUAUAAGCAUUAUUAUACCAGAAUGUGGCAGUGUUGCUGUUGCAAACAAUUGGUUUUAUUAUUAUGCAUAUUUUUUUUCAGCUUGAUGCUAACCUUUUCUAAUGUAAUUUGUCGAAACAUCUUGCAUCAAUAAUCGGGACGGCUUUAAUGCUGGAUAUAUAGUAUCAAGAAUAUUGUUCCUCUUUCGGUGGAUGCAAAUGGAAGAUUGUGUAAACGGUGUCACAACAGAUGUUGUGGUACAUGAUUUGAUAGAAGUAGAGUUGUUAGGAUUAGUUUUUGUGAUGAAAGAAGCCCGUAUUAUGCUUGUGUUCCUAUGAUUAAUGAAUUCAAGGGAUUUGCAUUUUAGACCCCUAAUAGGAUCUCUGAUAUUAGGCCAAUGCACUGGGUUCCAAGGUUCUGUAUAAAGUACGUAUCAUUUGGUGAUUUCUGGUA